ACGCUUCUUUACAAGAGACCAUGUUUAUCUUAUAAAUAAGGGUUUCUCUGUAUUUUUUUUUCAAAGGCUGCAGCUCCUCCCUUCAAGAGUUGGAAAUGGCGAGCUACCCACUCGUGGCUUGGGUAGCGUUUGUUGUGCUUCUUUUAUCUUCUUCAACUCUUGCUUCCGCUGCAAUCGUCCAACACUAUUUUAAUGUUCAAAAUCUGACUCUCAAUAGACUGUGCAAAGAGCAAGUGAUAACAGCCGUGAAUGGAAAUUUUCCAGGGCCAAUUAUAAGCGUCCACGAGGGUGAUACCGUCUUUGUCCAUGUUUUCAAUAAAUCUCCUUAUAACAUCACCAUUCACUGGCAUGGUGUAUCUGGUAUAAGCCCAUGGGCCGAUGGACCCAGUAUGAUAACCCAAUGUCCCAUUCGCACUGGACAUAAUUAUACCUACAAAUUUAACAUUAUAAAUCAGGAGGGAACCCUCUUUUGGCAUGCCCAUGAGGACUGGCUCCGUGCCACAGUUUUUGGGGCAAUUAUUAUCCGUCCCAGACCCGGCCAUCCAUACCCAUUCCCUAAACCCACCCGUGAAAUUCCCAUCAUAUUAGGAGAAUGGUGGAAUAUGAGUAUCAUUGAUGUUGAAGACAUAACAUUGGACUCCGGUGGCACUCCUAUACCUAAUACUGCUUUCUUUAUUAAUGGAUUGCCUGGAGAUCUCUAUCCUUGCUCUCAAAAUCAAAUGUUUAAGCUUAAUGUGAAGAAAGGAAAUACAUAUCUCCUCCGCUUAAUCAACGUUGGACUGGAUAACACUCUAUUCUUCAAGAUAGCCAAUCACAACAUGACAGUUGUUGGCAUUGACGGCUCCUACACUACUCAUUAUGUGACCGACGUCAUUUUGAUUGCUCUCGGCCAGACCACAGACGUCCUCGUCACCUUUAACCAACCGGUGGGGUCUUACUACAUGGCCUCUAGCCACUACGACGUCGUACCAUUAGUUGGUGAGAACACCACAACGAGAGGGGUGGUCGUGUACGAUGGUGCGGAUACAUCGAAGACUCCAUUAAUGCCUGUUCUGCCUUCUCAUAUUGACACACCUACGGCCCAUAGGUUUCAGAGUAAUCUCACUGGGCUUACAAAUGGGCCUCACUUUGUUCCGGUGCCAAGUAAGGUGGAUCAGCAUAUGUUAUUCACUGUUGGAUUGGGCCUUGUCCCUUGCACAACAAAUGUGACUUGUGCCGGCCCAUUUGGGCUAGAAUUGGCAUCAAGUUUCAAUAACGCGUCAUUUGUGCCGCCAACAAGCUUAUCUAUGUUGGAAGCAUUUUAUUACAAUGUGAGUGGAAUCUACACCGCUGAUUUCCCUGACAAUCCUCCAACCCCAUUCGACUACACCAACACCAGCAUCAGCUUAGACCGUUCAUUGAUAUCAACCAGAAAAUCAACGAGCGUGAAGAAAUUGAAGUUCAAUUCGACGGUUGAGAUUGCAUUUCAAGAUACAGCAUUACUCGCAUACGGUAUCCACCACCCAAUCCAUCUACAUGGGUUCAGCUUUCAUGUAUUGGCUCAAGGUUUUGGAAACUAUGACCCUAUUAGAGAUCGUGAAAAGUACAAUCUAGUGAACCCACCAUACCGUAAUACUAUACUCCUGCCCGUAGGAGGUUGGAUGGUCAUCAGGUUCACAGCAAACAAUCCAGGUGUAUGGUUCUUGCAUUGCCACUUGGACGUGCACAUGUCAUGGGGCAUGGCCAUGGCUUUUGAGGUUGAGAAUGGGCCCACUAAAUCAACAAAGCUGCCUCCUCCACCACUUGAUUUGCCGAAAUGUUAAGAAUCACCUUAAAAAAGGUGUUCAAAUAUUCCAACGGUGGAUAUUUGAAGGAGCAUGCUCCUACUGCCUGUAUUCUACAAAGACAACACAUAUAUACGCAGUCUUAUAGAAACUAUUUUUAUUAAUUGGUGUGAGAAUAGAAAUUAUGUCAACUUAUAUAUAUGGAGAUUGAAAUAUUAAUUUUAAAUAUUUUAUUUUAGUAUUUUAAGAAAUCUUAUUUUUGAAUCAA